AUGACACCACAAGUACACCACACCGUCGGGGCGCCGGACUUUAUCCCUGGGACAGUCCAUCUUGUCGACUUGGACGGGACCAUUCGCACGGCGCACGCAAAGGGCAAGCAAGAAGAUGUUGUGCUGGUUCCCACGCCUUCAAAAGACCCCGAUGAUCCCUUGAACUGGAGUCCUCGCAGAAAGUUGCUGUUCAUGUUCUCUCUCUGCACGUAUAUCUUGGUCGUUGGGAUUGCCUCAGCUGCCAUAUACUCAGUACUGGGCCCAAUCUCGGCGGACAGCGGGCUCAGUAUCAGCACUUUGGUUGAAGGAACGGGAUAUAUGUUCCUGACUCUUGGCUGGGGCUGCCUCAUAUUGCAACCUCUGGCCAUGCAAUAUGGAAAACGCCCGAUCUACCUGUUCUCAACCCUCGGGACUAUGGGAAUGAUGCUCUGGGCCCCUCAUUGUCUUACAACCGGCAAAUGGAUUGCCAACAAAUGUCUCCAAGGGUUCUUUGGCUGCGUCAUCGAGUGCCUCUGCGAGAUUUCGGUUGCAGACGUCUUCUUUGCACACGAGAGAGGGGCCUACGUGGGCGUUUAUGCGCUCUUCCUGGCGGGAAGUAAUUUCUUUGCCCCCAUUAUCUCAGGCUUCAUCAGUGACGGACAGGGUUGGAAAUGGGUUUUACAUUGGUGUGCCAUUUUCAAUGGCGCGGGCUUUCUGAUUCUCUUUUUCUUCAUGGAAGAGACCAAUUUCCAUCGCCAACCGCUGACUUCAAUCGAGCCUGAUGGCGGCGUCGAAGAAUACGACAGCGACCCCGUGUACGAGAAAGGCCCCGGUAGCCCUUUGCCAUCAAAAGAGGCUGCAACGCCGACUGUUGAAAGCACGGUCGAAGAAGGUCAUGUCUUGGAGCAGCCGGCUGGAACAAGGUCUUAUUGGCAAAAGCUGGCAAUCUACCGGUCAGACCCAUUGCGUGGAAAGGCCAACUUCAAGGGAAUGAUCCUCCGUCCAUUGAUUUUCGCUUCGUUCCCCGUCAUCGCCUUCUCGGGGUUCAUGUAUGGCUCGAUCGUCUGCUACUUCAACAUUCUCAACGGAACCUCGUCGGUGAUUCUGUCGAGCCCGCCAUACAACUUUUCCCCGAGCAUGGUGGGCGUCUCUUACGUUGCAUGUCUCAUUGGCGUCUUCAUUGGGGCUUAUUUCUCUGGCCCAUUAGGAGACAAGUUCAUUCUGUGGAAGGCGCGAAGGAACAAUGGUAUUAUGGAGCCAGAGCACCGACUGUGGCUCUACAUCAGUCUCCUCAUUCUCAUUCCUGGAGGAUUUUUGAUCUGGGGGAUCGGUGCAGCACAUCAUAUCCACUGGUUCGGUCUGGUCUUCGCCAUGGGCAUGUUGGGCUGUGCCAUCACGAUCGGCUGCCAACUCCCGAUCAGCUACUGCAUCGACUCCUAUAAGGACAUGAGCGGAGAUGCCAUUGUCACGGUGAUCCUGAUCAGGAAUACCAUGAGCUUCGCCGUCAGCUACGGAGUUACCCCUUGGAUGGAAGGUAUGGGCUACCAGAACGCCUUCAUUCUGGCAGCGUUUGUUGCGAUGGCGCAGAUUUGCCUCGUCUUCCUCUUCAUCAAAUUUGGCAAGGGACUUCGGAAGACCAGCGUCCCUCGCUAUUGGAAGUACGUCAACCAACUCAUGGCCGAGGGUCUAGUACACUAG